AUGUGGAAAAUUCUCAGUUGGUCUAUGCUGCUCUUACUACAUCCACGAAAUCAUACUACAAAACUCCCUUCCUGGAAAAAGCUUCUCUACUUGAAGCAACCAUAUCCAGACAAUUACACCGACAAAUCGUUUCUAUCGCAGCUCAAGAGAAACUCAACGGUGGUGAAAUACUCUUAUAUCAAGUUGUUGGGUGAUUUCUCCCUCAUAGUAUUCCACCUAAGUAGCCAGUUGAUCAUGGUGCUCACCUUUGCAGGGAUAUAUCUACACAAAUGGAACGCAUUUGUGCCUGCGAUGACCAGUUCGGCACUCACAAUCAUAGCCUUCUUCAUACAGCUAUUCAUAGGCCAUAACACCAAGCAGGAGAGCCGUCCCCAUGCAAGAGCAAAACAAGAAAACGCCAAUGUGAAGUCGUACGGUCUCAUUAUAUUCAUGUUAUCUAUCCUAUCGCCGGCACUCAAAUCCCUCACAAGGUCUACGUCAUCCGACUCGAUCUGGGCGUUGUCAGUAAUAUUGUUUUUAGCCAAUACUCUUCUUCACGAUUAUGGCAUGAACACCUCAGUGGCAUCCCGCACAUCAUCCACAGUAAUUGAAUACAAACCGGUGGUGUCGACCAACAUCACCCUCUCGCAUUCCAUUGUCUUGGCCUCCAGAUUCAACUCCACCUCGCAGGUGUUCUCGUUCAUUUUAUUUUCCAUCCAGAGCAACAUCUUGCUUCCAUUAUUCGAUUUUUACAUCAGACGUCACAAUUACACCAAUUUUCACCGAUUUGUUUUCUUUGUGAACUUCCAGACCGUGAAUGUGCUUAUUUACGUGUUGCUAGGCUUUAAGAUCCUUUUCUUUUGGUGGGUUUGUGCAUUUUGCAUCUUAUUCCUAAUGCCAGCGUACUUUUUGUUCAUUCAAAAAUACAAAAACGAGCUCAAGGGUCCGUGGGACCCUGCCAAGCUCAUGGUGAAUCCCGAAUGA